AAUCCAAAAUGCCCAAGCAAGGAGACGCCCGCAGUCCGCGCAAACAAGACCAAGUUGGCUCGCCAGCCAAGAAGGCCAAGGUGGGGUCCCCGACGAAGGCCGCUUCGUCCCCUGGCAAGGUCAGUUCCUCUGCCAAUGCCAAGCUGCACUCGUACUGGCGCAGUAGCUGCUCGUGGCGUGUCCGCAUCGCGUUGUCCCUGAAAGACAUUCCGUACGACUACGUCCCCAUCAACUUGUUGAAGGGCGAACAAGUGAGCGACGAGUUUGGUGCCGUGAACCCCAAUAAGCGCGUGCCAACGCUGGAGAUCGACGGCCAUGUGCUCAACCAAAGCGGUGCCAUCAUCGAAUACCUCGAAGAAACGCAUCCCGAACCGGCGUUGCUUCCGUCGGACCCGUUCGCCCGCGCCCAAGUCCGCAAUCUCGUCGGCAUAAUUGGAUGCGACAUCCAACCCGUUCAAAACUUGGCUGUCCUCAAACGCGCGGCCGUGAAGCUCCCCGCAGCGGACCAAGCUGCCGAAAAGAUCGCAUGGGGCCACGAAUGGAUCGAGCGCGGCUUCGACGUCCUCGAGGAAGAGCUCAAGAAGACCGCCGGCGUGUACUCCGUGGGCGACUCCAUCACCAUUGCCGACUUGUACUUGGAACCUCAAGUGUACAACGCCAAUCGGUUCAAGGUCAACAUGGACAAGUACCCAACCAUUGCGCGCAUCCAAGCCGCGUUGGCCGCGCUUCCUGCGUUCAAGGCCAGCCAUCCGUCUGCCCAACCCGAUGCCACAGAAUAAGAAGACAUAUGUCGAUGCACUAGUUGCGUAGUUUUCGAUACUAUACUGAUGGGAUAUAAGCAGUUCGUCACAUUAUUCAUAUCCAAA